AUGGAUGCCAAGAGGAAGCUUGAUAGUUUGGAAGACCAGGAGGUCUCACUUCCUUCCAAAAAGAGUCGGCUGGAGGGAGGAUCUGCUCAGUUCGAUGGCAGGCGUAAGCAGAAGGAGACACAUAGUCAGUUUUACGAAUAUUCGCAAGUGAUCCAGUUAGAACAUGCUGUGACCAAAUUCCUAGAGGCUUAUAAAUGUAUCACGGAGCUUUCUCCCAACCUGAAAGCCUACAAUGAAGUUCUGGAAAAUCAGGACAAAGUGCCAGUGCAAAUCCUGCAGGCAUUGGCUCGCUAUAAAUUGAAGCUGGCGGCAGAGUUGAAAUCUCUGCAGGAAUUGGAUAAAUCUCCGCUACUAUCGGAGCUCAUGGAUUUUGAGUCGCGUUUUGAAGAGGAUAAGCUGACGAGUCAACCGAUUAUUAGCGAGCUCAGUAAGAAGGAUGUAAAGAAGUUGGUUGUCGGGAAGAUCGAUUACAAGGCGUCUGAAGGCAAAGACAGUAGUACAGAGGACGAUGAUGACAAUGAGGACAGCUACGAUCCGUCAUCCGCUGGUAAGCCACCAAGGGAAAAUAAAUGGCCUCCUAAGUUGCCUCAGAUUAGAGAUCCGGCAAUCAGAGCCAGGGUGUUCAUUCAUAAAUCCACGAUCAAGGAUAAACUAUAUCUCAAAGAAACGGAAAUGAUCAACGCUCACAAUGAAAGACUCGAGUUUUUGGGGGAUUCUGUCUUGAACACAGUUAUGACUAUGAUCAUCUACAAUAAAUUCCCACGCUUCACCGAAGGACAGUUAUCAAAGCUCAGAAUGAGCCUGGUGAGUAAUGAGCGCAUAAAGGCGUGGUCGUUUCUUUACGGUUUCGACAAGCACUUGAAAACUAACUUCCAAGAUAAUGUGGCUUUCCAGCAGGGGAAACGAAAGUUAUUUGCGGACGUUUUUGAAGCGUAUAUUGGCGGAUUGAUUGAGGAUGAUCCUAAACAUAACAUGCCAAAGGUUCGAAAAUGGUUAAGUAAGCUGGCAAAACCGAUUAUAGAGGAUGCAACUCAGAAGGACAUUGACUUGGAAUCGACGGAUAAUGUCGAUUUGAAUGCCAAAAGACAACUAUACUCUCUGAUUGGGUAUGCUGCGUUGAACUUGCAUUACGUUACCGUUAAAAGGCCCACUGCGGGUGAUCCCAACACCGUUGUCGAAUGUCGCAUAGGGGAUGGUACUACAUUGGCCUCAGGAGCUGGUCGAAAUGUCAAAAUUGCUGGCUUAAGAGCUGCUCAAAACGUUCUUCGAAAUAAACCACUUCUUGAGAAAUAUGCAAGCUUGCGUGCUGCGAUCCCAAGGACAGAGUCAGUUGUGAAAAAGGAUGAGUUAGCGAGAACAGGCAGCAGCUCAAAUGUAAAUAGAGAUAAAUCUCCAUCGAUGGGUCCAUCAGGAGCCAUUAAGUUAAGUUCAGAAGGUCAGUUUUUUAUCGGCUGA